AUGAUCCCACCAAAACCACCUUCAAUCGGCAAACUUGCUUUCUCAAUAACAUUAGCAAAGCAUGCCAAUCUUUCUCUCCUUGCGGACGGAUGCAUAUCAAUGGCUCAGCUCAAGCAAAUCCACUGCCAAAUGAUCACCACCGCCCGCAUUCAUGAUACCUACGCCGCCAGCCGGUUACUGAACUUUUGUGCUCUGGCAGAUUCCGGGGAUCUCAAUUACGCUCUCAAACUCUUCAAGAGCACCCCAGAACCCAAUUCAUUCAUGUGGAACACAAUCAUAAGAGCUCGAGCCAGUAGCCAAAACCCUCAAGAAGCCAUGCUUCUAUACAAUGAUAUGCGGAGGUUCGGUGUAACUCCUGGGAAACACACAUUCCCUUUUGUCCUCAAGGCUUGCUCCAAUUUAUUAUCACUACAAACUCAGCAGCAACCUGAGAUGAAGCUGGCAGUAAUUUUCAUCAUCUGUAUCUUCUGGUUGAUUGCAUCUGCAGAUAUUUUGCAGAAUCCAGAUUUCGAACUCCCAAUAACAAACUUGCCCACAAACUCCACUUCCCCAUUUGUUUUGUUGAAUGAAAACAGCACUAUCCCGGGAUGGACAUUCCAAGGUGAAGUCCGGUAUGUAACAGCAGGAGUCAAUGCAUCUCUACCCCGGAAUGGACACGCUAUAAUGUUGGGUCAAGAUGGGAAGAUCAACCAAACUUUUACUGCAAAUGGGGAUGUAAUGCAAUACCUGCUUACUUUCACUUUGGCUCAGGCUGGUCAGAACUGUAAGGCUAAUGUAAGCCUUGUGGUUUCAGCACCUGAUAGUUCCAUGGAAUUUUCUUUGACACAAAAGUACAGUAAAGAAACACGGGAAGUUUAUGGUCACCGGUUGGGAAGCUGGGGAGAUGGAGAAUAUAUAAACUUAAUACUCCAAAGUCAAGCUACAGAUGUAGAUCCCAAUUCCGCAUGUUGGCCGGUGGUUGACACCCUUCUCCUUAAGACCAUAGGACCACCUGCUCAAAACAGUGAUAAUCUACUUCCUAAUGGUGGAUUUGAAUCUGGACCUGCAUUCCUGGAUUCUUCUGGGGAGGGAAUUUUACUGGUUUCGGAACCAAGUCUUGUAGAAUCCGCUCUACAACAAUGGACCACAAUGGGAAAUGUGAAAUACAUAAACUCCAAAAACUACUUCGUUCCAGAAGGCAAAGCUGCUAUUGAGAUUGUUUCGGAAGUCUCUGGAAUACAAACAGCAAAACCACUUUCAGAGGGUUCUAAUUAUAACUUGGAAUUCAUGCUGGGAGACGCCAAUGACUCGUGCUCCGGGGAAUUCAUAGUAGGGGUAGUGGCAGGAGCAUCAGCUCAGAAUAUUUCUCUGCUGAGCAGUGGGACUGGAGCAGCCAAGAAAUAUUCUAUGACAUUCAAGGGAGAGCCAAGUCCAACACCAAUCACCUUUCUUAGCUAUAAGACUACACAGAGGAAAGACGGUGUGUUUUGUGGUCCAGUCAUUGAUGGUGUAGUUCUAAGUGCUUCUCAUGGGCACAAAUCCGAUCUGCAGCUCAUAUUUCUAUUUGCCUUACUUCAUGUAGCCCUUUUACAAAUGAGCUAG